AUGUUCGAUAUAGCCAGCCCUGCUACCAUCAUCGAUAAACUUAAGUCGUGCAGAUCAGUGAGGAUCUUCAUGCCAGACAUGCCUGCAAGCUUCUGUGCUGCCAAGAUAAUCACCUCAAUACUCCACAAGGAACUCGUCAGAUUCGAGGUGGACUUCCAGCCAGGAGGCGCCAGGUGCUAUCCAGAUCUAGAUUUUCACGUAUUCAUCGACCUAGACCCUGGAGAGUGCAGGAAUGCUCUCUCGAUUCGGGACCAGGGGAACUCGUCGAUUCAGGGGAAUCUGUUUACUUGCACAUGCCAGUCUACCAAGAUCAACUCAUGCACGCUGUCAUAUUCCCUGGCAAAAGCCAUGAACUACAUCACCAGCGAUAUCCUGUGGCCCAUGAUCAUGUGCUUCGACUUCUACAGGAUAUUCACAAAGAACACUAUCCCGGUCGACGAUCUCGAGGGCGAAGGAGACUUCCUGGGCAGUGCAUGUAACGGCUGCAGGGAGCUCUAUGCAGACGUUAUCCUUGAGAUCCAGAAGGCAGGUCCCCUGACAGAUGUCGAUGGGAUAUACCACAUCUCAAGACCCUGCAUCUCCUUCCUAAACUUUGCAUCUUUGUUUUCUGCUCUCCAGAACGACAUCCCGUUCAUCAUCGACAAGAAGAUCUACUGCAAGAAAGACAAGAAGGCCGAGGGCCAAAGAAUCCACGAGUAUCUUGCAAGGAAAGGAAUUUCAAGAGAAUCCUCGUGCGAGCUGUACACAAACCUUGGAUACAGCACAAAGACGCUAAUAGAGUCGCACUUCCGGAGAUCCAAAUCCUUUGUAAAGAAGAUAGGCCAUGGCAUCGAGGUGUCGUCCAUAGAGAACUUCUUCCUGGUCUGCUACCAUUUGCUAAGAAACUCCCGAGUAGAUGCUUUUCUUUGUCUGUCGAGUAGAGAGGCCCCCAGCAUAAGAGAAAGCAUCGGAGUCCACCAUAACCUUGUCUGGAUAUACAGAGAUUGCCUUGCAAAUCUUCGGAGGUUCGGAGACGUUCUGCUUUUCAGAAUCAGUGUAUCUGAGGCUUUGAAGGACAUGGACAUAGGUGUUCUGCUUCACCUGUAUGAACACUAUUUUGAUAUGUAUAUAGGCAGGAAGCAUAGCCACUCCCUCAGGCAUGUCAUCGUUCUGGAGGGAUACCUUGAAAACAGAUUUGUUGUAGCCACUGACGAUCCCCUUGUUGCCUCUGAGCUGGGCCAUGCAAAGGAAAGGCUUGGAGGAUAUGCAGUGACAGACAGAAGCGGGCUGCAGCUGAUCCUUACCAAACUGAAGGCAAGACCACAGGAAACACCCUCUGCAUCAUCUCCACUUAAUUAA